AAUUAGUUCAACUAAAAAGCAAAGGAGUCGAUGAUGGCUGAUGAACGAGUUGGCGCAACUUUCAAAGUGGAGACAAUUCAAAAGCUUCUGCAGAGUACUUUUCAAGAUGAUAAAACAAAGAUCAGUAAAGAUGCUUUGAGGUUGAUGGUGGAAAUGUUGAGAGUUUUUACUGCAGAGGGUGCAGCAAGAGCGGCACAGCAGGCCAAGUCUGAAUCUGGAACUAUUGUGGAACCAAGACAUUUUGAGAAAGUUCUACCGCAAUUGCUUCUUGAUUUCUGAGUUAAAGAUUCCUCCUUUAACAAAAUCCCAAAGAUGCAUUGGACCGAUGACAGUGCCUGGUGCUGCAUGAAUUUCCUUGAUGUAUGAAAGAGGCUCUACCAUUUCCUUACCUGCUUGUCCUGUGUUAUUUUCCGGUCAGCUCUAAUAUUCCCGUAAAAAAAGCUUCGAGAUUAUUUAAUCAAGGCUAAGUAGGAUUUGAAAAUUUACAUGGUUGAAAUACGAUAUAGAAAGGUUUGUGGUAACACCAUGUAAUGACUCUC